UUUGAGUGUAGUAAGAAUGCUUAUAACUUUAAGAGUGGGACGUUCCUCACAGCAGUGAUAAGAAUUAGGAAACACUAGCGGCAUUCACUCGUGAAUAACAGCACAGCUCGAAGCUCACGAGUCUCUGGACACUCGCGUGUCCAGGUCCGAGUUCAUCUGUGGUCGAGAGAGCUGCAGUCUCACGGUUGAGCCGAUGUCAGAUUCCUCAUUGCCCAGUACUGCGCCACCUGGCAGUGGGAAUUCGUUUAACAUUACCUUUGUCCUGGUGCCAGUCUUCUUCCUGCUGGGGCUUCUGGGAGUCCUCAUCUGCCAUGUCCUGAAGAGGAAAGGCUACCGCUGUACCACUGAGGCAGAGGAAGACGAAGAGCUGGACAAAGAGGAGGAAGAAGUGGAGAAAGAGCCAGAUAAAGGAGAUUUGAAUGACACUUUCAGUGAGGGCAACACAGACACAGUGGGUCAAAUAGUUCACUACAUCAUGAAAAAUGAAGCCAACUUUGAUGCAUUCAAAACCAUGGCUCCAGACAGUAUAGACUCCGAUGGUGCCCCUGUGACUCCCACCUCUCCAAACUCACCCACCACCCCAGUGAGCCCCACACUGCCCGGCUUGACCCCAAACGCAGCCAAACACACCUGUAACCACUUGCACACCAUUGGAGGAGUUGGGGGACAAAAGAACAUCUGCAACCGCUGCAGCCAGAAAAAAUGGCCUCUCAUGAGACGCUUGUCCAGCACAAAGAGGGACAGACGCAGUCACAUAGGAGAGGUCAUUGUGCUGUCUGUGGGCAGAUUCCGGGUGACAAAGUGUGACCCCAAAAUGGCCCGUGAUAGGUGGACCAUGCUCAUCACUGAACCCAAACUGUACUGCAAGUCCCCCCUGCCUGCAGCACAGCCCCAUUAACACAGGAACAGAGGACAAUGCAAAGUGACAUCUGUAAAGUUCCGGCAGCUUCUCAGGCAACAUUUAAAAAAACAAAUUGAAUCCAGAAGUCUCACUUCCAUAGAAGAAUUUAUGGAGGAAAGGAGGAUGAUGGAAAAUUACCCUACGAUCGUGUGUGAUGUGUCGAUUGUGGAAAUAGAGCAAAAUCCAUUUUACAUACAUAAACCUGUCACCUUGCCAACCCAACUUUCUCAAACAUAAUCACAUUAUUUUCUGUGGUGGAUGGGAUCAUUUGGGCUUGUUAAUGACUACAAGUGUGUCAAUGGUUAAUUCAAAGCAGGCGCCCACUUCCCACUUUCGUAAAACUUUAUUUUUCUUUUCAUUUUUAUGUGCCAGCUGUGAUCAACAUGGAAAAACAGAGCCAUGUAAUUUUUCAUUGGUUACAAUCCAGACCAGUUUUUUUCUUAACCAGCCAUAUUCUUAAAUGGCCUGCUCUUGCUGUCCAUCUUAACUUUUUUUUUUAAGAAACAAUGUUUGUAGGCGAUAAAGCAAUGAAAUUGCGUGUUUAACACAUUUAUUUAUCGACCAAGCACACAUUAAGUGACUGGAAGUUUGCACUGUAAUGUCUUGACUGGUCUGGAUGAGAAAACGGUUAUCGUGGUUCAUUAUCAUCAGUCUGUCAGUUGUACAAAAAAGCAAAAAAAUGGUAUAGCUUGCAUGUGUUACCAGCACUCAAAUGCUCUUUGAAGUCAGUUGCUCACAUACUUAUAUAAGACAGUUUCCUUCAAUGCUCUUGCUAUUAAUAUAAUGUAGUAUACAAUCUUAAGAGGACAAAUUAAUGGUUCCUCAAAAAAAGUAAAGUAUCCUUGCUUUAGUGUCAAGCAUAGGCAAAGAGGAAUACAAGAGAGGAGUUUUUAUAGUUUAGGAGGACUGGGGAUCUAAACUUUUUAACCAAACAAAUUUGUGUUUGAAAUGUUUAUGAAUUUUUCCUUUAUUAUUAUUAUUAUUAUUAUUAUUAUUAUUAUUAUUAUUUUGGAAUUGUGCCAUUAUUUUGCUAUACAUUUUGCUUUCUUUUAAAAUUAGGUUUACAUCAAAUGUUUACAUUGAAAUAAAAGUCUCUCACAACAUUGCUGUUCAAAUUUGACUUUAAAGGAAUUAUACUAACCAUUUGUUGACAUGUAUGGAAAUAGUCCUAUUUGAGAUCAACUUGAGUAAAAUGUUUAGUUAUCUGUGUACAGUUGAUAUACUGUAGAACUGGUAAACUAGCAGAGGUUUAUACUGAGGUGUUUAUAUGAGUAUGUGUCAGAGGAGAAUAUACUGUUAUAUUUUACUGAAACCUUUGUACUCAUAAUUUAUACAUUAUAAAUAUUAAACACAUGUUUGACUGCUUGUUUAACCACUGCAGUGGCCUUACCAGAAAACCAUGAAAACCCUAUCCAUUCUGAACACAUACAGAUGAGGACAUGGUUUCCCAACACACAGUGUACUUGUACAUUUGCUACAUAAACGUUUUCUUGAGAUUAUUUCAGUGUUGCUUAAAGGAAAAGUCUUUGAGGGUUCUUGGAUUUUCUGUAUGUCUUUCCAACUUUCUUGUAACAACAGAGCCUUCGACCAUAGUGAGGUUCUUGGAUCUGUAGUUCAUUUUCUUGCUGCCGGGCAACUGAGGUUAAAGAUCAGUAGAUAUCUGUUAAUAGGUGACUAGAUGACCUUCAGAUUUGUACCUUUUCAAAACAAUUCCAAAUGCUACAGGCUUAACUUUCCCAUCUCUCCUUGACUGCUACCCAUUUACCCAUGAGCCACUCUAAAUAUUCUGUAUGUGACCUUGUGAAUUACGUGCACUGUUUUUGUUGGUGAGGAGUAUUUUUGUAUUUUAUGCAUCAGGGUGUUUCUAGGAACCAAGAAUAAUUAAGCAACAGCAAUUUGCAGUAACCAUAUGAGUUUGGAAGCACAUCAUUUUUAACUUGCUGUGGAGUAUUAUUAGUCUGGAUAUGUUUUGGGAUUUGUGAAUCGUUAACUCAUGCCCACACAGAUGCUAAAGAGAUGUGAAUUCCCAGCCGCUCAGUUGUCUUGUUCAAACAGCUUAAUGUAAAAACUGAAGUACUUUUCACAUAUAAAGAUUUAUCUUUGGUUUCCAAUGGGUUUGGCUAUUAAGAAAACGGAAGUUUGACAAAAGCACAACUUUGUACAACAAUGACUGUCAUUUGAAAGGAUAGUUCUGCCAAAAAUAAAAAUGUCAUCACUUAAUCACAAUCAUGUUGUUUCAAAUGUUUAUGACUGCCUUUAUUCUGUGUUCACAAAAGAUGUCAGUGGAUGCCAGUCUUGCUUGUUAGUCAAACCUUAUUUGCAUAAUUACAUGCAUAAUUAGGCUCGUUACCUAAACAUUGAUGUCAUAGUUUGGCCUGUUUUACUCUUGAUUAGAAAAACAUAAGACCUUGACCUUUAACAUUUGAAAUGGAGCCAGGCUUGUAAUCACUGUUCCAAUUCAUCCCAAAGCUGUUCUAAUAAAAUUGUUUGUCUAAGGAGGCUAUAUGGCUGUGUGCUUGAUUGUAUGCACCAACUAGUGAGGGGUGUAGCUUUAAUAACCAAACCUGUUAAUUGGAGUGGGGUGUCUACAUACUUUUGGCCAUGUGAUGUAUCAGAAGUUCAGACCAUCAAUUGAAUUAAAUGACUGAAUUCAAUUUUGUAAAGCAUAUAAU